AUGAAGUUGCUGGUUGCUGCGUUGGUGAUCUGUGGCACGAUCCUUACGUUCUGCCACGCUAGCUAUGUCCCGACGUCUCAAACUUUAGUGAACGGCGUGUCGAACAAGUACGCUGAUAAGGAGUUCCUGGAGAAGCAAAAAUUCUUCUUCGAGAUAAUGCGCCACUUGCAUCAACCCAUCGCAACCGAGGAGUACCUGCCCUUUGCAAAGCAAUGGAUUACGGAUCAAAGUAAAUAUGCGAACUACACUGAAGUAAAUGAGUUCCUGCAGUCGUACAAGCAGGGAUUGCUUAAGAAAGGGGAAAUAUUUACCAUCUUCAACUACUGGUAUGCCAAGCAGACAGUGCAGCUGUAUCGCUUCUUCCAAAAUGCACUCGACUGGGAAACGUACUACAAGAACGUUGUUUGGGCCCGGCAGAACAUCAACGAAGGCAUGUUUCUGUGCGCCCUGACACUGUCCGUCCUCCAUAGGAGCGAUCUGCAGGGUAUUGUGCUACCAGCGAUCUACGAGGUGUAUCCUCAUCAUUUCUUCAACGGGGACGUCUUCCACGAUGCUACGAACCGGCGUGCCAUGGAUCCGAGCUACGGUUUCUAUGCCAACAAAAGAUACAACGUUGCACAGUCAAAUUUCACCUCCACAUUCGCCACCCAGUUCUACGGAGAGGGUUCGCUGUCGUACUUCACGGAGGACGUCGGCUUGAAUGCGUACUACUACUACUUCAUGAUGGACUACGCGCCAUUCUUGGGUGGUGAUAAACUUGGCCUGAACAAGGACCGCAGGGGUGAGUUGUACCUGUUCAUGCACCAGCAGCUGCUCGCCCGUUACUCCUUGGAACGCAGCGCAAACGGCCUAGGACCGGUUCAGGUCUUGACCUGGGAGUCUCCGAUCGCAACCGGAUACUACCCGAUGCUGCGCUACUGGAACGGAGUGCCUUUCCGUGCACGUGAAAGCAACUUCCUUUGGCGUCCGUACGAUCCGAUUAAACUGAGCGGCCUGAAGGCCUACGAGGAGCGCGUACGUCAAGCGAUCGAUUUCGGAUAUUUGAACGGACGCGAUGGGCAGCGAAUUGACCUUCGCAAACCGGAAGCUAUCGAUGUCGUGGGUAACCUCGUCAGUGGCAAUGUGGACAGUGUUCACGUGGACUACUACAAGAUGAUCGAAACGACGGCACGCAUGAUACUGGCACAGGGUGACUACUACGGUUCGUCCAGCGAGGUCUGGCCGGGGGUCCUUAUGCACUACGAAACUUCGAUGCGCGAUCCACUGUUCUACCAGUUCUUCCAACGAGUGCUAGGCUUUUACUGGGAUUUCAAGGGCUUCCUUCCGCCGUACACAAUCGACGAGCUGAACUUCGAAGGAGUGGAGAUAAAGAGCGUCUCCGUUGAGAAACUGGUAACCUUCUUCGAGCCGUUUGACGUUGACAUUAGCAACGGGCUUGGCUUUGAUUACACCGGAGAGCGUUCGACGUGGAACUUCAGUGUGCUGGCGCGCAAAGAUCGAUUGAAUCACAAACCGUUCAGCUACGAGCUGAACAUUAGCUCCCAGUUCGCCGGGAAAGGUGUAGUGCGAAUGUACAUGGGACCGCAGAUGUACAGCCUUGGCCAGCUGCAGUACAUGAAGAAGAUGUUCGUCGAGAUGGACCAGUACACGGUGGACCUGGUCGUGGGGAACAACCAGAUCAAGCGAAACACGCGUGACUUCUACUACGAUAUUCGUGAUCGGACCACCUACUCGGAGCUGUACAUGCGCAUCAUGAAGGCGUACCGGGGUGAGGAGCAGUUCGUGCUGGACAUGUCCGAGGCACACUGCGGAUGGCCCGAUCGGCUGCUGCUACCUAAAGGCCUACCGAACGGGUUUUCGAUGAGCUUCUUCUUUAUCGUCACUCCGUUCAAACCACCGAAGGUAGCGCAAUUCUCAACAUUCGACUCCACGUACACGUGUGGCACUGGGUCGGGUUCGAAGUACAUCGACGAGCUUCCGUUUGGGUUUCCGUUCGAUCGGGAGAUUAACUUCAGUAACUUUGUCACCAAAAAUAUGCACUUUGUAGACGUUUCGGUGUAUCAUGUGAACGGGAAUCAGCAAAAUGCAUCGCAUUGAUAUGAACAUUCAGGUAGUUUGCUAACAAAAUUUUUUGUAAAGAAAAUCGAAUAAAUACAUACAACUU